UUGUUGGGCUUUCCAGACAGAGUUCAGGACCAGUGACUCUCAGUUGCCAGUCCUGGGAGCCAUUUAUUUGCUGCUUGGAGGGGAUGUAAGAGGAGCCAGCAAGAACGAAGACUCCCUCCAUCAUAACACAGACACACUGUGGACCCCCCAGACCAUCCUAUCCUCCGCAAAGACUCCACCUGCCCCUCCCGGGCUCUCUGCUUGCCCUGGGCACAUGCUGAUGCCCCUGAGUGGGCUGCUGCCGUGGUGCUGCUGCUGUGCCCAGUACCGCUGUGGACUGUGCCCCCCAGCCCCCCAGAUGUUGCGCCACCAAGGUCUACUCAAGUGCCGCUGCCGUAUGCUCUUCAAUGACCUGAAGGUUUUCCUCCUGCGGCGCCCCCCUCCAGCGCCCCUGCCCAUGCACGGGGAACCCCAGCCCCCUGGUUUGGCGGCCAACAACAACACCCUUCCGGCUCUGGGUGCCGGCGGGUGGGCAGGCUGGAGGGGCCCUCGCGAAGGGGUGAGCAGGGAGACCCCUCCCCUGCCACCUCCACCACCUUUGCCACCUUCUGUGGAAGAUGACUGGGGUGGCCCAGCCACAGAGCCACCUGUCUCGCUGCUCAGCAGUGCCUCGUCAGAUGACUUCUGUAAAGGAAAGGCUGAGGAUCGCUACUCCCUGGGCAGCAGCCUGGAAAGUGGCAUGAGGACCCCACUCUGCCGCAUCUGCUUCCAGGGGCCGGAACAGGGGGAGCUGCUGAGCCCGUGCCGCUGCGACGGCUCGGUCAAGUGCACGCACCAGCCUUGCCUCAUCAAGUGGAUCAGCGAGCGGGGCUGCUGGAGCUGCGAGCUGUGCUACUACAAGUACCACGUCAUCGCCAUCAGCACCAAGAACCCUCUGCAGUGGCAGGCCAUCUCCCUGACAGUCAUCGAGAAGGUUCAGAUUGCAGCUGCCAUCCUGGGUUCCCUCUUCCUCAUCGCCAGCAUCUCUUGGCUCAUCUGGUCGACCUUCAGCCCCUCAGCAAAAUGGCAGCGCCAAGACCUCCUCUUCCAGAUCUGCUAUGGGAUGUAUGGAUUCAUGGACGUGGUGUGCAUAGGCCUCAUCAUCCACGAGGGACCCUCUGUGUACCGCAUCUUCAAACGGUGGCAGGCUGUCAACCAGCAGUGGAAAGUGCUGAACUAUGACAAGGCGAAAGACCUGGAGGAGCAAAAGACAGGAGGCAGGACCAACCCCCGGACCUCCUCAUCCACCCAGGCCAACGCCCCCUCCUCAGAAGAGGAGGCUGCGGGCACCCCUGCCCCCGAGGAAGGCCCCGCCCGGGCGGCCGGCCACCCCUCAGGCCCCCUGUCCGAUCACCACUGUGCUUACACCAUCCUGCACAUCUUGAGUCACUUGCGACCUCAUGAACAGCGGACCCCGCAGGGCGGCAGCCGAGAGCUGGUCAUGAGGGUCACGACAGUGUGAGCCGAGAGACCUGCGAGGGAGCCGUGACCACACACGUGCAACAGAGAGAGAGCUAGAAGAGGAUGGGCCCGGAAGGGCUCGCCCCAACACGAUGCCACCGCCGUCUGGGCAGCAGGUGUGGAGAGGCACCCAGGGGCCAGAGGGCGGGCAGAGGGCGGUGGGCCUUGAGGGCCCCAGGGCAGGGUCGGAGCUGGAGGGAGGCUGGUGCUGUGAGCGGGUGAUUUUCAGCAAGUCGAUUCCAUUCUCCAACAAGAGGGAGGAAAACCAAGACAAACUCAACAACGAAGUGCAAUACAGACUGAGUCUAACAAAACACAACACACCCACCUGUGCCCCCCCCCCCCCGCACCCCUCCCCGCUCCGUGCAAACCACCCGGGCAAAGU